GACAUCCCCAAGUUGGGGGCUGCGUGGAGCCGCAGCGGCAGGGCGCCCGCCCGUACUGGCGACAGCGGCUCGCAGGCGUCGGGCCAGACGCUCGGGGCCUCCCCCGAGGAGGUGCAGGCGGCUUUCUCGCUGGUGGCAGCGGUGACGAAGGCGAGAAACGAUGAAGAGCUGCGUCGCGCGGCCGAGCUCGACGCGGUGUUCGGGCGUGCCCGCGGGGUGCCCGGUGAGAGGGGGGCGCCGCCCGCCGCGGCCGCGGCGCCGCCCGCCGCAGCCGCGCAGCUUGCCGACGCGGAGGGCGUCGCCGAGGCCGCCUCGCAGCCGCUGGGCGCCAUCGAGGUCGAGGAGUCGGCCCCUUCGCCGCCGCGCCGACAGGGCAAGAGGGCUCGGAUCGCCAGCAGCGAGUCGCCGCCACCCGCGCAGCGCAGCCCGGACUCAAGAUGCUUCCUUGAUGAUGCAGACGAGGAUCGCUUCCAGGUCGCCAGGGUGGGGGAGCAGACCAUCAACGCUGUGAAAACCCACUUGGACAAGAUGGAGGAGUCGUUCCUCUGCGAGGGCAACCAGAUGUUCGAGCGCGCGCAGCACUGCCUGCACAACACUGAGACCAUGUUUAUGAAGCUGAGCGACCAGAAGCCCGACAACUGCGAUGAGCUGGUCAAGAUCAUGCACGAGCAGAAGGUUGCCCGCGAUAAGGCGAAGAAGGAGGCAGGAGAGGGGGAGCCAGAAGAUCAACGCUCGGAGCAGCAGCAGGCCGACGAUAACCUGGACGAGUACAUGGAUGCCUUGAAGCAGAACAACUUCCACUUCACCCUGGAGGGCGGCAGCAUCAUGGCUGGGAGGUGGCGUCGCGCCAAAGAGGCUGAUGAGCAGUUGAGGAAGGAUUACGACGCCCUCAAGACCGCGCGUCGCUCUGUCAAGGCGGCCUUCAGGGCCAAGUUCGCGAAGAAGGAGUACGACGAGCACAUCGAGGAGAGGAGGUACACGGAGAAGCUGGAGACGAUUGACACCAACAAGGGGGAAUACCUCCCAUUGCAGCGCAUCGCGCACAAGGAGGGGGGCGGUCGUGAAGGACUGAGGGCGGCAGUGAAUCAUUGCCUGCGCUGCCUCCAGAUGUGCGACAAGUGGGUCUGGUACGACGAGUGGACGCGCCGCAUCAAGUUUCUCUACUUCGUCAGGGGCCUGAGCGAGAACUUCACGAGGGCGUGGUCGAUGCACCAGACGUGGCGCAGCAAGAGGAUGCUGAGGGACACGGCGUCUUCUGGCCCAG